UAUUAUGAUUGGUAUAUUUAUUUUUAUAUGAAAAUUUUUAUUGAUUUAAUAAAUAAAAUGAAGUUCAAUAAUUAAUUCUUAAAAAAUUUAAUUAAAUCAAUUAAACCAAAAUAAAAAGUUGUUGUCUCAAAGAGCCCAAGCUCCAAGCGGACCAGCCCAACUCUCUGCGCAGGUGACCCGCAACUCGUACUCUGGUUUCGCGCACUACGAACACUCUGACUCAGUCAUCUCCUUCGAAAAAUACCCUCUCUCUCUCACUGUCUCCACGCCGAAGCUCCACCUUCUCUUUCUCCCUGUCUCUCUUGGCAAGUGACCUGAAAUCACUAUCUCGCCAAAGCUUCAUUCCCUUACCUCAAAUCUGCAGCCCCUUUCUUUUUCUCGGCAUUAUUGCACCUUCACCGUAAUCCGCCAAUUAUAUUUAUCUUCUCUCUUGGAAAACCUGAGAGCCAAACAGACUGAGCACCUAAAUCUCCACUCUCUUUCCAUCAUCUAACAGAAUCAAGGUUGCAAGAAGAAACGGAGUGUUAGGUUGUUCCGAAAGAAACACGGCUAUCUUAUAGUCCUACUUGCAUUCAGCUUCCUUGCUUGGAGGAUAACAGCACCUUGUUCUAGCGUCAGCUGGGCUGCGAGUGUAAGGGUAGCAAGACAAGUAAGAAAAGUAAAUAUGGGGCAGCCAGACACUUCUGGGGACUUGUCAUCAGAGAUGGAAGUGGAUGCUUUCAGGCGCCUCUUCCCUCUUCGCUUCUUUGAGAGUCAUCUAUCGGAAUCUGUACGUCGUGGCAGGCCACUUGGAAAAGCUAGAGAGACCACCAUAGCUCUUGGGCUUGUUGCAUCUGCUAAUGGCUCAGCACUCGCAAAGAUUGGUUCCACUACUAUGUUGGCUGCUAUCAAAAUGGAAGUCAUGGCCCCUUCCACAGAGUCCCCAGAUGAGGGCUGCAUAGCUGUUGAUUUCCACAUGCCUCCAAUUUGUUCUCCGAUUGUUAGGCCUGGCCGGCCAGCUGAGGCAGCACCUAUUAUAUCAAAGCAGCUAUCUGACACAAUCUCAAGUUCUGGCAUGAUCAAUCUGAAGGAAUUGUCCUUAGUUAGUGGAAAAGCUGCUUGGAUGGCAUAUUUGGACAUAUACUGUCUGGAUGCAGAUGGUGCUCUUUUUGAUGCUGCAUUACUUUCUGCUGUUGCUGCCUUCUCCCAUUUGCAAAUUCCAAUUGUUUCCCUGAAUGACAAUGGAAAGGUUGUUGUGGUUUCCAAUGAAAAUGGAGGAAUGUUUGAAAAGGAACCAGUUAAUAGGGAGAAGAGAAAGCUCUCCCUGCGCAGCAUCCCUUUCUCAUUAACAUGCAUACUUCACAAGAAUUACAUUCUGGCAGACCCUACAGCAGAGGAAGAGUCAAUCAUGGAAACCCUUGUAACUAUUGUUUUGGAUCAAUCCAGUCAACUCAUUUCUCUUUACAAGCCAGGUGGACCAGUUCUUGGGUUUACAUCUACUAUUCAGGAUUGCAUUGGAUUAACGAAGCAAAGAGUGAAGGAACUUACCGAGAUUUUAGAUGAAGCAAUUUCUGGUAUGGAAGUUGAUUGAGUUUCUCAUAAAUCCUAUGAGAGAUAAUCUUCAUUUUUAGGCCGAGGGUGGGGAAACCUAUUUUGUUUGAGUCUGAGCACUAGGGGUUAGUGCUGGAGUUGCUGGCAUCUUUGAGCACAAUCAAUUAGUAGCACGUUGUAGGACACAAGUAGUUAUACUAUUUUGUUUAUUCUGUCAGAUUUGAUGAUGAUAAUUUUGGCAGAGUUUUGGUUUUUUUAAGGAAGAGAUUUUUGGAUAAUUUUAAAUUUGCUUUUUUCUUGAGGAAAAUUAUUUAGCUUUUAUUUUUAAGAGAGGGGGUUUAAGUGGCAGCAGCAAAAGACCUAAAGUCAGUUUUCUUCAGGGUUAGAUUUUGCCUUACAGGAUCCAUUCUGUUCCAUUCUCCUAUCUUUUUCGUGUUUGAGUUCUAUGUUCGCUCAUGAUAUCUUGCAUUGAUAACAAAGACUUGGCUCGAAGUCAUGCUCAGUCUUGUGACAA